AACUCCUACCCGAGAAUCGAUCGAAUCGAAAAAAAAGAGCGAGAAAAAAAAGAAAAAGACCCCACCCGUCUCAUCUACUCCCCACACCCGCUCACCCCCGCAAACCAUCCUCGAAAGCUUUUCCAAGGGGUUUUCAUCCUCGAAUCUCAGCAUACAAAGCCGUUGGAUUUCCCGCGGCACCGAUAACAUCAACAAUCUUAGUCCUCCACCACCCGCUUCCCUGCCACCACCACCACCUCGUUCGCGCUCCCGCAAGUGAUCGAUCUCAUACAUACACCUCAAGAUGCCUUCGCGGCUAAAUAGCCCUAUUCUCGCCGUCGAUAUGAACCGUGUCGCCGGUGUCGACCCUAGUAAUGUGGAUAAUCUCUACAGCAUGUGGACCAUCUUUUCAAAAUGCGCCGAGUCACUUGAGAACGGCCGUCGGCUAGAAAACUUGAGCUGGAGGCUAUGGAAUCGGGAAACUUUCUGCUGCGACAAUGGCAUCCCGGCUACUGUCGUUGCCUCCACCACCACUACCAACACAACCACACCGCCAGCGACGACAAUACCGAUAAGGAAACCGAGGCGUCAGGAGGAGCCUUUAGACAUGCCAGAGCUUUCCUCGAGCGUGGUGUCAGCACCAUCGGACGACGAACUGCCGGAACAGCGAUCGGGAGCAGUCGGGAUCAAACGCCCUUGUCUGACCAGGAGCGAUUCCAGCCGAGGCAGAGAAAAGCACAUGACUCCGGUCCACCUGGCUAAGAUCAUGGAGGAUAUGAGCCACAGCAAAUCCGCGGCCGAGGAGUGGAAGGCUCAAUGCGCGCGCAUGCGACGGAAAGCAUCUUCCAUGCCCACUGAGCGUGUACCCGCUGCGAUGGCCGCGUUGUCCAAGAGCUGCGAUGAUGGUACGGAAGCGAAGAGCACCCACAGCGUCGUUCGUGGUUUCUCGCCCAGCCGGGUGUCCUCGUCGUAUCGAUCAUCGGCGAACCUCGCUGCUGCCGCCUCCUCGAAGGUAGUCGUCGCCCCGUUGCCAGCGAAGAUCGCUACUCCCGCACCGAAACCAGUACCGGCACAAGCACCAGCACCGUCGACACAGAAGAAGAAGCAGCCCGUUUUCUUCUUCGCUUCGUCUCCUUCGUCCGACGGCAGCCCAGAUGAGUCUUACUGUUCGUACAGGCAGCCGAACGACAAGAAGACAUCCUUCAUGGACGAAGUUGCAACUCGAACCCUCUACGACGAUGAUGAUUCGGAUGACGACGAGGUUUCUGAGAGCGCCAUCGACGAUGACGACCUCGAAUGGGAAUCCUCGUCCGAGAGUGGCUCAUCCAGCUACGACGACAACUCGAUGUUCAAGCGUGUCGAAAGUCGGCCCAAUCUGAUCGCGUCCCGCCGAUCUCUCCUGUCCACGAUGCUCCACGAGCCCGAGCGUGCCGCGCAUCUCGCCAGCGUAGCCUCGAAGUCGACUCCCGCCCUCCGUCGAUGCAAUUCGCCCCGUGAGCCCCCGCUCGGUACGCCCGCCUCCAGGGAAGACGAGGUUCCGGGCUCGAAGCCCAUCCGCCGCAUCAACACGGCGCUUCAUCCGCUCGCCUUGUCCCCGCGAACCACCCGGCGCAACAUGCUCGCUACCGAGCUCACCGAGUCGCUGCGCAAGCAUCUCCUGUGGGAGAGGCAGCAGAAGAACACGACCGCCUCGGCUCAUCUCAAGCGGAGAUACACCGCCGCCGAUGUCACCAAGCUGGCCGAUUACCCACAGCCUCGCGGUAAAGGGUGCACUUCCAAGAACAACUCUUGGAACAACCCCUUCGACGAGACCCAAUACGAAUACCACGCGGCCGGGUGGUAGAGUUAUAAAAAGAGGAGUGGGGGGAUUGUACAAAUGAGC